GCACGUUCAAUCGCUUGGUACAUGUAGCGCUUAUUUGUUAUUAUCAGCGGUGUGGGGCCAAAACAAAGUCGUUUUACCACUAGAAGGAUGGAUAUACACGAGUGAAACUUCAUUAAUGUGACUGCAGCGAGACUUUGUGUAAUCAUGAACGAUUGGGCGCCUUUAAGAAGGGUCAAUUCAGUAUUCCCUCCGUUCUCCGAAGUCAACGAACUCGACGAGCUCGACGGCAAUGACGAUGAAAAUGGUUGCCACUCUAUACUUCGCAAGCACAAAUCACUUCCUCCACCGCGGAAAAAAAGUGUACAGUUUGCAGAUGGCUGCGGGAAACCUCUCGUUUCUGUUUACAGCGACGAUGAGUACAACAUACACGUCGCUUUGCAAAUGACCAAACGUGAACUUCAGCGAGCGAAGAAAAUUUUACAUGUUUGUUUUCCACAACCGGUUGCUUCAGAACAGUUCCGAGACAAGCUAGAGUUGCAGACGGUUUGUCUUGAAAACGCAGUGGCUUCACAGAAUUCAAUCUGGGGAACGAUAAAGGUGAAAAAUAUCUGUUAUCACAAACGUGUAUCAGCCAGGUACACUUUAGAUAGUUGGAUUUCUUCCACAGACUUAGAUGCGGUCUAUGUACCUGAAUCGAACGAUGGCGCAACAGACAGAUUUUCAUUUGCUAUAACGCUUCCUGAAUACUUCCUCGCUUCUGGAGGAGCUUUAGAGUUUGCUGUUCGCUUUGAAGGCGAAGGAAUUGAGUUCUGGGACAAUAACAGUGGCCGAAACUACCGCAUUGAGUGUUUGGAGGCCACGGCAUUGAACGGGGGAAAGUUCGAUAGAAUGGCGAACUUAUUUAGAAAUGGUUUUAGGCAGUGAACAAAGUAACAGGAACAAGAGAUUAUAUCGAUAUUUCCGCAACCAACGAAGUGAAAAUAACAAGGGAGCGAACACUUUCGACCACUAUCUAACCGGAAAUUUCUUUGUUUCUUUGUGUACUCCAAUUAACACCACGUUUGUAAUUUUUUCUCGAGGCCGCUUUCCAGCUAUCUUUUAAUACUUCGAUGUCAAUGUAAAACACCGCCAGGAUGAGGACCACAUUUGCCACAUUCAAAGUCCAGUUCAAAUACCGAAAGACGAUAUAUUAGGGAUUAUCGUGUUUCGUUGCAUGGGAAAGGUACGACCUGGACAUAAAAUGUACUUGAGAAUUAUCACGCCUUCCGGCGAUGUUUUGUGGGGAUUGAUUUUCACGUGAGUUCUAUUAUAACAUAGUAAAUUUCUUGUAAUCUUAGCUAUUUGUAAGUUGUUGUUUCGAUGGGUAAAGCGAAGUCAGGAAAAUGAAACUUAAUCACUUAUCAAUAUUGACAAAAUGACUAGAAUUUGAAAUUAGUCAUACCCACAACGUGACAUUGUCACGCAAGAUAUGAAUUUUUUUUUUGUUUCUUUGUUUUAAAGGCUUGGAAAUUGUGUCAAACAGUUUCAAUUCUUCCUAUUACAGUGGUUUCUCAGAAAACUAUUUUCUAGUUUAGUUUUUGACCAAGUAAACUUUGACUUUCCAUUAAUCCUUGGUAAACCUUCAAAUAUCCUGUAUAUGAUUUCUGUUUUUGAUGUAGUUACUGUGAUUUGUGAGUUUUUUGGCAGCUUCUUUAGUUCUAUAUUUUAAGAGAAUUUCUGUUUUGAUCUCUGGGAGAGCUUUCAGAAACAUUUUAAGGCUUUUUUAGAAGCCCUUUCUUUUACUUCGUCUUUCAACUUUGAACUUAAAACACUUUUAUGUCUUAUCUGUUGUAGAUAAAAAUUAUGAUCAGUAGUGAUAAUUUUCUUUUAGCACAAAUCUGAUCUUCAUUUGCACACUGUACUUUUUCAAUGUUGAUUGCUGUUGAGAGGCUUGAAGCUUUGCUCUAAAAUUUAUUAUCUGUGAUAUAUUUAAUUUCCAUUUAUUUAGUAUGAGUUAGUAUUUUUCUACUGAUUUUUUCAUUAUACAAAAAAGAAGCAGUUUUUUUAAAACAUUUAACAAUAAAAAAUUUCGAAUAAAAGAUUUCGUAAAAGCAUAUUAGAAAUAUGUUGAGACGUUUCAACAUUUGGCUAAUGUCAUUAUCAAGUCAAAGAGUGAAAGAUAAAAAAUGUUUAAAAGCUAAAAAGACAGUAGAUAAUGGAACAUUCUUUUAAACAAAGAGUUUUGCACAAAUGGAAUUAGUCUGCAUGUUGAGACAAGGAUUGCGCUGCUUGAUGAAAAGCAUCUCAUAGACAGGACAGUCAUAUUUUUCCUUGACACUUUUAGAAUGCAGAAUUGGCUUUCUUUGAGGUGGUUUGUAUCCCUAUGGGCUGUCAAAAAGUGUUUACCGAUCGCAGAGUUUUUAUGUUCAACAAUAUGUUGAUGGAGGUGUUGAGCUGUAAAGCCGAUAUAAUCUGAAUCACACAGAUCACAUAAAAGAGUGAACAUUUUUAAUCUCUCACUCUGACUUGAUAAUGACAUUAGCCAAAUGUCAAAACAUCGUCAACAUAUUUUCAAUAUGUUUCUACAAAACCUUUUAUUGCAAUUUUUUAACAUUAAAGAUUUCUUCGUUAAAUGCAAAAAAAGCAAUGUUUGUUUAAACUUAAACAUCAGCUAAAUGAGUAACUCAAUGACAACUGGACAAGAACAUUUUGAUAAAAAUUCCUUUUUAAUUGCUGGGAAUUAAGGGAAAAUCAUAAAGAAGAAGUCGCUGUUGGCAAAUGAGCACAAAUGAUACUGCAAAUUUUGGAUGAUGUGAACCUUUUACUGACCAAUUUCGAGGUCUGGACCACAAGUUACGGUCCAAGUUUUUUAAACUCUGAUUUAUGGCCCAAGUGCAAAGCCUGUGGGUCAUAAAUCUGAGAAGAAAAAUAACGUUUUGUAACUUACAGUACGGACCGAGAAAACAAGGUUAGUUAGAUAUUAACUGUAUCUCAGCACUCAAAAGAUUUCAGUUGUAACAAAUUUUUGAAUUUAGUAGGCUGUAUAGUGAAAUAUGGCCCGCUAAAAUUGACCAAUCACAACACACUUACCAACUGAGAGAUACAAUGAGUAAUGGUAUUGUAAAAAAUAUGUUUAUGUAUUCAUCAGCUUUUCAGGUUGCAUAGUGAUUGUAAAGUGAUUACUCACAUCAGCAUUAGUAAAUGUGGGUGAUAUUUAUCAGACUUGUUUUCAACUCCAAUUCUUCAAUUUCAUCUCCACUUAAGUGAACAGAAUUAUUGUGGUUUAUUAUCUAGUCUCCAAUUCCAAAUCAUUGUAGCCAUAGCAUUGUAUCUGAAAUCGUGGCCAGAUAUUCAAAACUCUUUAGGGUUCCUUAGCAUUUACCAACUUAUUACUUAGUCAAAAAUGUUAGAGUAAUGUUCAAGGAAAUUGUGUUGGAACCAGUUUAGGUUUAAUCAGAGGCCUCAAUGUUUUGCCAAACAUUUGAUCUAGAACAUGUUGCAUUUAUAUAUUACACAGAAAAAAAUUAAUCAACCAUUUUUAUCUGAAUUAAUCAAUCACUACAGAUAAUUCUACUACACACAAAAAACUGAAAUACUUUUCAUAGAUUACUUUCCUUGACUGGAAAAGGGCAGUAAGGAAUUCUUGUUUUAUGUCUUCUUUCUCUUUUUAUGCCUUUUCUUUAGAGAAAAGGUGUGAAAUAGUCUGUGUCACAAUAACAUAUACACAGUUGCAAAAACAGCACCAUCCAACAGAGCAUAAACUAUACACAAUGUAACAAAACUUGAACCACAAACAAUGAGACUGAAAAGUUUCUGUGUAGUGUUCAUAUAUCUUCAUAUUAAACAGAAAUUUAAUUAUAAUCUUUUCCACAUAAAAUCUUUCAAAGAUAAUUCUUUCUUUCAGGAAAUGGAUAGCCUCAAUUUUUAUAAUGUAAAUAAUCAUCUUACCCAUAGGGCCUUUCUGUCUCAUUGUUCAUGGAAUUUUUUAGGUGUUGACAAUUUUGCAACAGGGUGUCUCACUUUGAUCCACUUUCAGAUCAUGGCAGAUUUAGUGACCAUCUUGCAUGAAUCAUGCAUAUUGUAAAGGCUCUGUUAGAGUGAGAGGUGUAUAAAUUUACUUUGUUGAUUUUGUAAAGUGGCUUAGCUGUUAGGCUAAGUGGAGUCACUUAUUUCUAAAAGUUGAUAAACUCAGUUUUGUAAUGUUAUUAAUGUCAUUGUGUUUUAACUUAUAAAUGAACAGCUUAAUACCAGUAGGCCAUAACAUUUUUUGUAAUAUAUGACAUCUUUUAAGUAGGGUUGAAUGAUGUAUUGAAGA